AAUUGUACGUUUAUCAACUUCAAGGCAGUCAAAAAUCGAUACGAAGUAAAACGAAUAAAGAAACGAUAUGAAAAUUAAUCCAGAUAAAUAAUUGUUUCACGUUUGUAUAGAUUUUAUUAAGAAUAUUAGAAUGAAUAAGGAAAAAUAAUAAUGAUAAAAAAAAAAAAAAGAAAAUAAAAUAAAAAAGUUCCAAAAAAGUUCAAUCGAUUGUAUGCAAGCUAUGCAAGUUUUGCAACCGAGUGCAAUAAAAUAAAGAAAAGAAUAAAGAUUUCUUCGAGAAGGAACCAAUGAGUAUAGGUAUCGAUUUUUCGGACGAUCUGAUGUCGAUGAAAACCUCUAUUAAAAUGAUAUACAAUAAAUUGUCGGAGAAGCAAAGUUAUUGUGCCGUUCAAGAAGGUGAAAAUAAGAUCAUAGGUAUUAUCGUAGCGUCGAUUAAUUUUAUGGGAGAUCACGAACGAACGGAAACACGUAUAAGAGCUAAUCAAGGAGAUGCAAUCUUUAAUAUAAUGAGUCUUAGGAGUUGUGUUUUUUCUAAAGCACGUCCUUACGAGGUAUUACAAAUUGAUAAAUAUUUUCGUAUACAUUUAUUAUUUGUACAUGCGAAUCAUCGGAAAAAAGGUAUUGCAACGGCUUUGAUUAAUUGUUGCAUCGAACGAGCAAGAACUCUUUUAACCCCUGCUUGCAUAGCUGGAUUUACUUCCAUUAUUAGUCAAAAUAUGGCACGUAAAUUGGGAUUUAAUUUACUCGCCGAAGUACAGUACAAUGAUUUUAAGGUGUACAACGACGAUACGAAAUCUUUCGAAUAUCCAUUCGAUGAUACUAACGAUCAAAAUAAAUCAUUGGCUUGUAUGGCUCUAUCGAUCGCGUUACCAAUAAAUCAUUUAUGAGAUUAUUAACGUCGAUGGAUUUCUCGAAGGAGGAAAUAAAAAAUGCUUGGAAAUAAAAACAAAAAAAUCGAAAAAA